CGAUAAGCGAGAUUAGUAGUAUAUAAAGAUCCACGGUUGCCAUUUGGUUUGGCUAUAGUAGCAAAUAAACUUGAGGCGCAUUUAAUAGCACUACAGUAUACCAGAUGUGACGAGACGCUUCAAUCAGUCCUAUGUACAACCAAAUAAAGUAUAUUUCUGAAAGGUGCAGGCCAAUAAAACUUCAUUAAGUAUGCAAAGGGACCACAGAGAGAUCCAACGAAUACUUAAGAGACCAGGUGCUACAACCCGGUCCAGAAGAGCGGAAGCUAUGGCCAAUUACGUACUAUUCGGUCUGUUGCUCGUCUUCGGACGUGCGGCGUGUGACGCUGGCAAUCCUCUCUUCCUAACUCCCCUGAUAAAAAACAAUCAAACGCAACAGGCUCGCACUGCGGCCGCGGUGUCUCACGCGUCCUUCCAAAACGUCACCAGCUACGCGGGGUACUUCACCGUCGACGAGACGUUCAACUCUAACUUAUUCUUCUGGUUCUUCCCAUCCAAGAAAAACGUCACCAACGACCCCGUCAUCCUGUACCUCCAAGGCGGUCCGGGACUUCCUUCGAUAAGGAGUUUAUUUGAGGAAAACGGACCCUUUACGGUAGACGAAAACUUAAAUAUCUCGCUGAGGAAAUUCACGUGGAACAGGAACCACUCAGUGCUGUACAUUGACAACCCCGUGGGUGUUGGGUAUAGUUUUACUAACGGCGGGUACGCGCAGAACCAGACCAUCAUCGCCCAACACCUCUACGAAGCUCUCACGCAAUUCUUCACAGUGUUUCCAGAGUUCAGCAGUAGAGCUUUCUACGUAUCCGGAGUCUCUUACGGAGGCAAAUACUCCGUCUCCCUUGCGAGCUACAUCGACGCACAGAACGAGAUCAACUCUCAGAAAAUUAACCUUCAGGGCGUGAUCGUUGAGAGCGGUUUCGUGGACCCGGUGCACCAGGCCAAUUACAGCGAUUACCUCUACCAGCUGGGUCUCAUCGAUAAGCAGACAAGGAACUUGUUCAAAGAUAUCGAGACCACGAUCAUAACUGACAUCAACAAUGGCAACUAUCAGGACGCGAUGGACAACUACGCGAAGAUCAUAGUGCCUUACAAAGGUCCGACUCUGUUCCGCAACCUCACUGGUUUCGAUAACGGCUUGAACUAUCUCGAAGCGGUGGCGCCACCGUCGUACUAUCGCAAUUUCGUGACGCAAGAUGACGUCCGCUCAGCGCUGCAUGUAGGCAACACGAAUUUCACCGCUGUCGGUUUCAACGUGUUUUUGAACUUGUUGCUGGAUUACCCGAAAAGCGUGGCACCCCAAAUAGUGCAGCUGUUGACUAAGUACAGGAUGGUGUUUUACAACGGGCAGACGGACGUUGUGGGUGGUAAUUUCCUGACACAGUUGAAUUUCCCACAGGCUGCAGAGUAUAACGAUGCCCCUAGGAUAGUAUGGCAUUUUAAGGGCGACGUGGCUGGCUACGCCAAACAAGCGGGUAACCUGACGGAGGUUUUGGUACGCAACGCAGGACACUGGGUCGCUAGGUAUCAGCCCGAGUGGGCUUACAAUUUGGUGCUCAAAUUUACCAGAAAUAGGACGACGUUUAAUUAAAAUGGAAAUUGCUAAGCGAUAACUAAUUUCUGUACGAUUUAACAAUGAUGAAUAGUUAAAAGCAAACGUACAAUUUAAGUGACAUAUUAUAACAACGGUAUAAUAACGUAAAUUUUGGUUACAAAAUAAACCAAUAUGUAAAUAAAAUUUCUACAAA